GUUCCGAAACUGGAGAAAUAAGAACAAAUUAUCUUACGAUCUAAAUUUCACUAAGCAGCUGAUUCUUAUAGGGAAGACAAACCAUUAAAAAGUCCAAUAUCACAUUCGAGAAGCCUAGUGAAGAAAAUACAAACUUAUGAGAAGUGCAUGGCCAACCACAUUCUCAUUUUUGUCCGAUAGAUAGCUUAUUCCUGUGUAAAGAAUGAACCAGUGAUCAUCAAGGACAUUCGAUUGAGUCAAUGGAAAUGGAAAUAGAGAAGUUUAAAUAAAAGCUUGCAAUACAAAUAUGAUGGGUUUAACAAAAUUCUCAGCACAAUUCAGACUGACACACAAGGACCAGACACAAAUAAUGAAAUUAUAAGCCAAAUUUAUGAGGCAUUUGAUAAAAUAAAACAAAAAAUUGAUUACAUUGCUAAUCAGAGAGUAAAGGAAAUCAGAAAUUUGAACAAUUCAUUAAACUUUCCAUCAAGCAACAGAAGUCUGAUUGCUCGCUAUAAGCAGUUCCAGACAGAAUGAGUAAACCAGCUUGCUUUCCUAAAUAGCUACUUUAGUAGUCACAAUUAUAUGAGCUUUUACAUGCGAAAGUCUGAUUUUGAGUACACAAAGGAUAAAAUUCAACAGUACUCAGAAGAGCUUACAUAUUUGAAGAAUAAUAAAGAGUUUGAUUACGGGCUGAAUACAAGUAUAUACAAUCUAGAUAUCAACAUGCUAGAGGUUACUCUCUCGAAAAUAUCUAAAUAACUUGAAAUCAUCAAGUCUAAAAUCUAAAAAGACUUCGACAACAAUGCCUCAUUUCUCAACUUACAAAUAAAAUUGCAAAAAUUACUAAAACUCCGAAACCUUUUAGGAAUUUACCUUCUAAAGCUACGCCUUUUAAAACAGAGGAAAUCCAUUUGCCGACACUGAAGAGUUCCCAUAUUACACCGAGUCCUAGACCAGGAAAUAAUCGCCAACAAGACCUAUGCCAAAUUCCUUCCAGACUUAACAAAGAUCUAGACUUCAGUAGCGACCAUGGGGGUACGGGAACCUAGACAGAGCUGCAGUUAUCAAAGAUAUAACUAUGCGUAAUUAAUGAG